AGACCUGUAUAUGAGGCAAGCAGAAGGAUGUGAUAAAAAUUACUGGAUAGAUUAUUAACUAAUCUGUGUUGGGUUGUGUCAGAGGCAGCUCCACAGACCAACUGGGAAAUAAUACAGGGGACACAAACACAAGGAAUAACUAACUAGUUCUGGUUGAUCUGAGAUAAUUCACAUUUUAUCUAUCUUUAUGGAACACAAGUACCGCUAGGAUAAAUAGGAUGUUAUCUUCAACCAUACAGAAGGAAGAGGCAUGUGUGUUUGAAUUAUCUGUAAGGAUCAUACAAGCUCGGAACAUCCAUGGGUCAGACACUGCUACCAAUCCAGAUUGCUAUGUGUGUCUUCAGCUUCCCACAGCUCUUACAGAAAGGAAAAGAACUAAGACCAUUUGGAAUUGUACAGAUCCCGUGUGGGAUGAAACCUUUCACUUCAGAAUCCAUAGUCACAUAAAAAACAUCCUGGACGUGUCACUGCAUGAUGAAGAUAUCAACACUGGAGAUGACCAUCUUCUCACUGUGAGCUAUGACCUGGGCAAUGUUCCACUUAACAAACCUGUAUUGGAGAACUUUACUCUGAAUAAAGAGAAAAAUGAAGAACUUCAGGUAGAAUUCAAUAUUGUCAGCAUACCAGAAACACAUAAAGAAGUUAUUACUAAUGGAGUAUUAGUGUGCCCUGCGAUGGCUGAACUUGAAGUCCAAGUAGAGAAACAAAAGUAUAAAAAGAAAUUAGAGCUGGCACUAACACUGUUGGGCUCUUAUGAGAACUCACACAGCCUAAUCAUUCCUAAAAAUGAUAGCAGUUCCAAUGUGAAGGAAAACUUCGCCUUUCAUUACCCGAGAGACUGGGGAAUGGAAUUCACAGCCACCUUGAACAGAGUGUACCCAUCUGUGGAUGUCACUUUUACUAAUAAAACUGCAAAUGAUACCUUGAGUCAGUCCACAUUACCACUCCCUUUAAUCUCUUCAAAUGAUAACAUUAAUGUCCAACUGUUGGCAACAGAGGGCAAGACUUUGGGAAUUCAGCUUAAAAUGAAAGAAUGUCCAGAGAAUCUUGAUGUCCGCCUGGGCUUCAAUCUAUGUGAUAAGGAGAAGAUGUUUCUCUAUAAGAGACAAAGGGUAGUAGCUGAGGCAAUGAAGAAAGUUCUUCAGAUAAAAGAAGAUUUGGUUGGAGAGGAGGUUCCUGUUGUGGCUAUCAUGGCGACAGGAGGAGGAGCUCGAGCUAUGUCUUGUCUCUACAGUCAUCUGUUUGCUUUAAAGAAGAUGGGCCUUUUGGAUUGUGUCACAUAUAUUGCAGGGGCUUCUGGAUCAACAUGGACAAUGAGUAAUCUUUAUAAGAAUUCUGACUGGUCACAGAAUGAGCUGUUGGAAUUUAUUCAGAAUGCAAAGGAACAUGUCACCAGAACAAAAACAAAGACAUUUUCCAUGGAGCGUCUGAAAUACUAUCACAAAGAGCUGCGACAAGCAGCCAGCGAGGGCCAGAAAACCUCUUUUACAGAUUUAUGGGGCUUAAUGAUUGAAUCAAUGUUCCACAAUGGGAAGAAUGAGAGCAAGCUUUCUGAUCAGCAAGCUGCGCUUCAAAAUGGCCAGAACCCUCUACCUAUUUAUUUAGCAAUCAACGUUAAGCAGCAUGAAAUUAGUACAUUGGAUUUUAAAGAAUGGUGUGAAUUUACUCCAUAUGAAGUGGGGCUACAAAAGUACGGUGCCUCAAUCCGCACUGAGGACUUUGGGAGUGAGUUUUACAUGGGGAGGCUGAUGAAGAAGCACCCAGAGCCCCGUAUCUGCUACUUGCAAGGCUUGUGGGGAAAUGUAUUCUCUUUGAAUCUAAUAGACACCUGGUAUCUCACCACACAAGUGGAAACCUUCUGGGAUCAAUGGGGAAAAGACAGAACCAAAGAUUUAGAUGAGAAUGAACUAAGAGAAAGGAAGGAAUCAGCACAAAUGAAAACUCACCUGUUUACCCCUCCAAGCACCUUUGAUUCUAUUCUAAAAGGAAUAUUAACCAACAGGCCAAUUGAUGGGGCGCAAGAGAACUUUCUUAGAGGAAUGCACUUACACAAGGACUAUCAUGAGAAUUCACAGUUUUGCACAUGGAGAGAUACAUAUUUAGAUUCCUUUCCCAACAAGCUCACCCCACUGGAAGAGAAUUUGUGCCUUGUGGAUGCUGGUUACUUCAUCAAUGCCAGCUUUCCUCCUCUUCUAAAACCAGAAAGGAAGGUGGACAUCAUCUUAUCUUUUGACUACACUCUAGAAACACCACUCAUGGCAGUAGAACAGACCUGCAAAUAUUGUACUACACAAGGUAUUGGCUUCCCUAGUGUAACACUGAAAGAGGAAGAAAAGAGUCACCAUAAAGAGUGCUAUUGUUUUGUAGACGAUGACAACCCUCAUGCACCCAUAGUCCUCCACUUUCCCCUUGUGAACGACACCUUUAGAAAAUACAAAGAACCUGGUGUUCUACGAUCAGAGGAAGAGAUGCCUGAAGGAGAUGUGGAUGUUUCUGAGUGUUCCCCCUAUUUUUUGACAAACUUUACCUAUACUGAACGUGACUUUGACAAGCUGAUGAAAUUGACUCAGUACAAUAUUGAGAACAACAACAGCACUAUUCUGGAGACCAUGCGUACAGCUAUAAAGAGACGGAAGUCCAAGAAUCCUUUUAACGAAAUGCAGCAAAUACCAGUGCAAACUCACAAACAAUAAUCCAGUAAUCUUUUUUUAUUGCAAUGCAGUAAGAAACUUUGUCAUUGUGUGACUGGAUUACAGUUUGAGAGAUUUCCGUCAGAAAGGCAGAUGAAUUACAAGUUUUACUUGUGACAUUAGUAAUAACACUUUUACAGGUAAACAGAACCCUAAACAUACUAAAAAUGCAAACUAAAAUUUGUGGUGAAUCCAGUUACUUUCAGUAGUUACUGCAGAAGGGCACAUACACGAAGGGUAUAUUGUGUGCUAAUCUGUGUCACUGACCCAAGAGCGCCUUUACAGGUGUUUUAGGGUCAGUGUUGCCCUGACAUAGCCUAGUUGAUGCCACCCCUUCGCCCCACGUCACUAAGUUUUUUGCACUGAAGUAGGUUGAGGAGAUCUGCAUCACUAGUGCAGAGGGUGCAAUAGUGCUUUCUGCACUAGAAGAGUUUUAAAAAUCAGAAUUUUGGCUCUUGUCUUUACCAGGAAUGGCUUUUUUCUGCCCCUGGUAACUAGCAGGAUGCUGCUACAUGAGGUGUCUCAACUAACCUCAUUGCUGCAGCACCCCUGAGCACCUUACAUCUAAAGGUAGCAUAAGGCUGGUAUAAAAUAAAGAGACCAUUUGAUCACACAUGCUACAUUAUGGUAUAGCAUUUUAUGCCUUUGUGCUUAUUAAAUACAGAUUUGCUAGUCUGAUCCACCCCAGGCCUGGCAUGAUAUAGCUGACACACUCCCACUGUAAAAAUAUGAUGCUGAGUAGAAAUAUGGCUAUAGUGUAGGUUUUGGAGCUGUGUCACAUAAGGAAAUGGGCCCCUCUGGCUUCAUGAGAUCUAACCUAAACUAACAUACAUGACUUAAAAUUGCCUGCCCUGAUCAUGUUGCAGAAGCGCACUUCUCAAUAAGAUAAUAUUGUUUUUCUCACUGUCUGAUUCCUAGGUUAAUGUGCAAUUUAUAUUCUAUUAAGGUAGGUACCUCUGUGUGCCAGACUAGAACACAAUGAUGGCAGCUUACCUGGGAAGAGACAAGCAGCCUUUAACAGUUUAUACACAAACAGUGCCAUUUUGAAUCAGAUCACUAAUAUAUUGUUCAGAAUGCAAUAAAAACACAUUUCAGAUUGUAAUACACUCUUCAGAGAGAUAUGUUUAAAUGUAAAAAAAAAUAUGAUAUUAAGCACUAUGUGCAAGGCAUCUUGGCAGUAUAACAACAGCUACAGAUACAUUUUGGGUGUAUUGAAUUUUAUUGCCUAAACAUUUCUUAAUACUCACUAGUUUUAAUGCACAUAAAUAUGGUACAAAAUUGUUUUUUGCUGGGAAGUAUUUGAAUCAGAUAAAGUUUUGUUUUUGUUUGUUUGUUAUUUCUAAAAGCACGACUGUUAGUUACAUCCAAGUUUAUUCUUGCUGGAGUUCAUGAUAAGUAAAAUGUGUUUGUGCUAUUUUAUGGCCCAUUUUAUAUGUUUAUGAUUAAAGCCUACACUAUUUAUGCUGU